AUGGGCUUCCCCGAACAAUGGGUGACGCUCAUUGAAAGGUGCAUUGGAUCUUGUUGGUUUUCGAUUCUUAUUAAUGGGGCGCCGGCAGGCUUCUUCAAAUCCACCUGUGGACUAAGGCAAGGGGAUCCUAUCUCCCCCGCCCUCUUCGUUCUAGUGGCGGACUAUCUCUCGAGACUACUUGAUAAACUCAUCCUUGGCAACAAAGAGAUGACAUUCAAAGCAAUCCGGGGAAGUAUUGAGAUCAGCCACCUCGCCUAUGCGGAUGACAUCAUUAUCUUCACGCAAGCGGCCGUGAACCCCCUUCGGAGGCUUCGUGGCUGUCUGGAUCACUAUGCCGAGGUGUCUGGUCAGCAAAUCAACCUCGACAAGAGUAAUUUCUAUAUUGCCGAGGCUCAUGAAGGCUGGACAAACACAAUACAAAGCGAAGGAGGUUUCUCACGAGGUACGUUUCCCUUCCUUUACCUUGAAGUCCCUAUUUACCGGGGGAUGAAGCGCACGAGUAUGUUCUUGUUCGUCCGGGAGAAAAUCUCAGCUAGGAUCUCUGGGUGGGCCCAUCGUCACCUCUCCUUUGGGGGGAGACUCACUUUGAUUAAAAGCACACUAGAAGCGAUCCCCCUACACAUUUUUCAAGCUAUUGAGCCUACGGGUGGUGCCCUCAAGCAAUUGGAUCAGCAGAUCGCUCGGUUCUUUUGGGGGUCAACUAAUGAGAAGAAAAGGACACACUGGAUUAGUUGGGACCAGGACGACUUAUGGCUCGGAGAGCUUCCCCUAAGAGAACUUAGCCUUGCCGAUAGAGGAGGUCCUCUUGAGCGCGUGGCGGAUUAUAUUACUGAUGGUGCAUGGGAUGAGACUAAGUUACGGAUCCUUCAAGCACAAGCCGGCCUAGCACAACAUAUCGUCCAGAGGAUUCUCGAUACACCAAUCAUCUCGGACGGGCCGGAUGUGCCAAGAUGGAAGUUAUCACCUAAUGGAGAGUUCUCGCUAGCUACUACAUGGGAGACCUUGAGAAGCCAAAGGCCGAUUGUUUAG